CUUGGGAUAAAUGUAGACUCCCGUAGGCAGGACAAACAUACUGGCAGGCGCUACUUGUAACGACCUCUUCAACCCCAAACUCUCAAUGUCCCACGAAACGAAUCCAUUGCUAAUACCUCUCCACGUCUCCUACAUCCAAAAUCUUGGAAAGAACAAGAAUGAUUUAAUAUAUCAUCUCACCGCGCAUCUACGCAUGAACGCCAUCUACUGGGGUCUUACUGCUCUUUGCACCAUGAACCAUCGCGAGGCGUUGGAUCGAGAUGAAAUGAUUGACUACGUUAUGAGUUGCUGGGACGAAGAAACAGGCGGUUUUGGUGCUCAUCCAGAUCAUGAUGCACAUAUUUUAUCAACGUUAAGUGCCAUCCAAAUACUCGUCACUCAGGACGCUAUCGGAAGAUUGGACAUCGAUCGCGUUGUGAAAUUUAUCCUGUCACUUCAGCAACCAUCGGGCGUAUUUUCAGGCGAUUCUUUUGAUGAAAUCGAUACGCGGUUCUCAUAUAUCGCCGUCAAUGCGCUUUCGUUAUUAGGACGUUUAGGGGAUUUAGAUGUUGAGAAGACGGUCAGCUAUAUCGCUCAAUGCAGGAAUUUCGACGGUGGAUUCGGUAGCCGAAUCGGAGCUGAGAGCCAUGCUGGGCAGGUUUUUGUGUGUUGCGCGGCUUUGACGAUCCUUGACAGACUCGAUGAAAUCGACACGCCCACGCUUUCUUGGUGGUUGGCUGAAAGGCAGCUCCCUAACGGUGGCUUGAAUGGAAGGCCAGAGAAAUUAGAGGACGUUUGUUACAGCUUUUGGGUUCUAGCUUCACUAUCCAUGUUGAAAAAAGUGCAUUACAUCGACUCUGACAAGUUGAUCUCUUUCAUUCUGUCAGCGCAAGAUCCCGAGGGUGGUGGUAUUGCUGAUAGGCCUGGUGAUAUGCCUGACGUUUUCCACACGCAUUUCGGAAUAGCAGGUCUGUCCUUGCUUGGAUAUCCUGGGUUAGUUGACAUCGACCCAGUGUACUGUAUGCCGGCUGCGCUGAUCGAAACCCUGGGUUUGCGGAAAGGGUGGCAAUCUCUAGAGCGAAGAAUGAGAUAGGAUACAACUUAUCGCAAUUUACAUGACCUUGUUUAUCAAACCAGGACAUCGUCGAUAUAAACCUGAGAGUCAAAGCGCACAAUGAUGAUGCAGUUAUGAUACAGAGAUUGGGUGUAUGUAUGUACAACAAUUCAGUAAUUCUACGGGUUUUGAAUACAA